AUGGAUGGCGCGGAGGCCGCUGGCGAAAGCGCGCGCCCCACGGGCCGUGAGCACGGGCAGCCGCAGCAGCAGCUGGCUCGAGAGGAUCGAGGGCGCGACCAGCCGCAGCAGCAGCAGUCUCGCGGGCGGCGGGCAGAGCUGGCAGCAGCAGCGGCGGCGAUCCAGGCCAAAAUCCCCACGGCGACCCACGCCGAGAUCCAGGCCAAAAUUCCCACGGCGACCCGCGCCGAGAUCCAGGCCAUAAUUCCCGCGGCGACCCACGCCGAGAUCCACGCAGAGCGGGCCGCGGCAGGAGCAGCCGCGGAGACCUGGGGCGCGGCUGCGACCGCGGCGUCGGCCACCAACCUGGACCUGGACGCGCUAGUGCACGGCGCUGGCGACGCCGCCAGGAGGGAACGCUCCCGCUCCCCGCGCGGCGACCUCGUCGCCAAGGUGGCAUACUUCUUUGCCGCCUGCCGCGGCGCUGGGGAGCGCGAGGGCGACCCGCGGCAGCGCGCGGCGGCGCGCCUGGCGCUGGAGGGGCCUGGCUGUGAGCAGGCCGAGACCGCGGGCGACGGCGCGCGCGCGGAGCGUGGGAGAGCGCAGGGGGCCCGGCACCGGGCCGAGGGGCGGUCCGAGACGGGCCCAGAGCAGAAGGAGGUCCAGAUCAUGAAAGUAUUCGCUUUGAUCCCCGCUCGCUCCAUACUCGCGGGUCCAUCGAGCGUGGCGCGUCGAGCGCCCGGCGGCGUGUCGCGGGAUCAGCUUUGGACUCCUUUCGGCCCAGACGCCCGGCGGCUCCAGAACAUCGAGGCCGGGCGCCGCCCGGUCAUCGGCGAUCCCGGAGGAGACCUGCCCGCGUGGCGCGGCACCGCGGGCGCCAUCGUGGCGUGCGCCGCUGUGGGGUCAGGCGUCAUCUCCACGGCCGUGCUCUUCGUCUUCAUCGGGACGCGGCGCACGGCGGAACGCAGGCAGGGCGCCCGGCGCGCCGCCCGCGAGGAGCGCCUGGAGGCGGAGUGGGCCCAGAGCGGCCUCGAGAGCGCGCGGGGCCUCCUCCACGACCGCGCCAGCGAGUUCUCGAACUCCGCGCCUCCAUCCCGCGAGCACAGCGCUCCGCCCUCACGCGAGGGCUCCGGCCGCCUGCCGGGCGUGCCGCGCCCCGCGGAGCGGCCGCCGCGCGAGGGGCGCCCGCAGCCGCGGCUGCCGAGGCCGCCCUCGGGGAACAGCCCGGCGGGCGCGCACGCGGCCGCGGCGAGCAUCAGCCCGCGGUCGCGCGAAGGCUCCCACGGCGAGUCGCCCUACCGCGGCGCCGCACGCGCGCGAUCCCCGCAGGAGGCUGCGCUGCGGUGGCAGCCGCACCCGCAGAGCGCCUCGCUACGGAAGCCCCUAAGAUCCUCGGAAAUCUGGGCUCCCCGUUGCUCGGUCCCGGCGUGCGCGAGAGGCCUCCCUGGGCUGGCAGCGCCGCCGCUCGCAAAGUCCGACGCGGGCGCGCCCAGAGCUCCACCUGCCCGGCAGUGCCGCUGCGCCGUGGGCCCCGGCGAUGCCGCCGCCGAGAUCCAAUGGACCGUUCCCCGUUCCACAUCUGACGUCAGCGAUUGGACCUUCAGAGCUGCCGUGGAGAAUUGCGCACGUUACAGAUGUGUUCUGCUGACGCGCCCUUGA